CACGCUUCAGUCACAACACGGUGGGGCUCCCUGGCUGCGCCCGGCCCGGCAGCUACGGGCCCAGCGCCUGGUGGCGGCGCUGAGGGGUCGCCGAGAGGGGCCCGGCGGCGUCUGCGGGGGCCGCUCCCUCGGUGGGCCGCGGGCGAGGCAUGAGCGCGGGCUCCCCCUGCCUCCGGAGCGCCGGCGGGGGACCGCGGGGCAGGAGAUGUGCCUGUCCUUAGCGGCCCAGGAAGCAGCAUGCACCCCGAUGCGACCGACAGUGGCGGCGCCGGCCUCAGCCCCGCGCGGGCCGCAGGCGCCGGCGGCCGUCCUGUCUCGGGCUUCAGGGGCGAGCGGCGGCCGGAGUCCCCGGGGGACGCGGAGGCAGCAGCGGCGGCGCCGGGGGCCCCGGGCGGCCGGAGCUGGUGGAAGCCCGUGGCGGUGGCCGCACUCGCCGCCGUGGCCCUCUCCUUCCUGGGGCCCGGCAGCGGGGAGGCGGCGGGGGCCGCGGGGCUGAGCUCCGUCCUGUUCAGGCUCAGCCUGUACCUGAGCUGCGCUGCGGCCGCCUUCCUGCUGGGGACCCUGUUUGCCCUCGUAUGCCAGAGCCCGCGCGCCCAGCCGCCCGACUUCGCCGCCGCCUGGAGCCGGCUGGCCGCGACCUCAGCCGCCCGCCGCCCGCCGGGGAGUCCUGUGUAUGGAAACUCACACGAGUCAGCUCAGUCUAGAAGGGUAGUAAUUUCUCAUAAUAUGGAUAAAGCUCUGAAAGAAGUGUUCGACUACAGUUAUAGAGAUUACAUUCUGUCCUGGUAUGGAAACCUCAGCAGAGAUGAGGGACAACUUUACCAUCUGCUCUUGGAAGACUUUUGGGAAAUUGCCAGACAGCUGUACCACAGACUGAGUCACGUGGAUGUGGUUAAAGUUGUCUGCAAUGAUGUUGUGAGGACUUUACUCACUCAUUUCUGUGACCUGAAAGCUGCCAAUGCCAGACAUGAAGAACAGCCAAGACCUUUUGUGUUGCACGCAUGCUUGAGGAACUCAGAUGAUGAAGUAAGAUUUCUACAAACGUGUUCUCGGGUUCUGGUGUUUUGUCUCCUCCCCUCAAAGGACGUGCAGUCUCUCAGCUUACGUAUAAUGCUUGCAGAAAUUCUCACAACAAAAGUCUUGAAGCCGGUAGUGGAGUUACUGAGUAAUCCAGAUUACAUUAACCAAAUGCUGCUUGCCCAGCUGGCGUACAGAGAGCAAAUGAAUGAGCAUCACAAGAGAGCCUACACCUAUGCCCCCUCUUACGAGGACUUCAUCAAGCUCAUUAACAGCAACUCUGAUGUGGAGUUCUUGAAGCAGCUAAGGUAUCAAAUUGUAGUGGAAAUAAUCCAGGCGACUACAAUUAGCAGCUUUCCCCAACUGAAGAGGCACAAAGGUAAAGAAACUGCGGCAAUGAAAGCUGAUCUCCUGAGGGCCAGGAACAUGAAGAGGUACAUCAACCAACUGACUGUGGCAAAGAAGCAGUGUGAGAAGAGAAUCCGAAUCCUGGGAGGCCCUGCCUAUGACCAGCAAGAGGAUGGGGCCCUGGAUGAGGGGGAAGGGCCUCAAAGCCAGAAGAUUCUUCAGUUUGAAGAUAUCUUGGCCAAUACGUUCUACCGAGAGCACUUUGGAAUGUACAUGGAAAGGAUGGACAAGAGAGCUCUGAUUAGUUUUUGGGAAUCUGUGGAACAUUUAAAGAAUGCUAACAAGAAUGAAAUUCCACAAUUAGUUGGUGAAAUUUAUCAGAAUUUCUUUGUGGAGAGCAAAGAAAUAUCUGUGGAAAAAUCACUUUACAAAGAAAUUCAGCAGUGUCUUGUAGGAAAUAAAGGUAUUGAAGUAUUCUACAAAAUCCAGGGAGAUGUUUAUGAGACCCUAAAGGAUAGGUAUUACCCUUCAUUUAUUGUCAGUGACCUGUAUGAGAAAUUGUUGAUAAAAGAGGAAGAAAAACAUGCCUCACAGAUGAUUUCCAACAAGGAUGAGAUGGGCCCAAGAGAUGAGGCUGGUGAGGAAGCCGUGGAUGAUGGUACUAAUCGGAUCAAUGAACAAGCCAGUUUUGCUGUAAACAAACUGCGAGAACUAAAUGAGAAACUUGAAUAUAAAAGGCAAGCUCUAAAUUCUAUUCAAAACGCACCAAAACCUGACAAGAAGAUUGUUUCCAAGUUGAAGGAUGAAAUAAUCCUAAUAGAGAAAGAACGCACAGACCUUCAGCUGCACAUGGCAAGAACGGAUUGGUGGUGUGAAAACCUUGGCAUGUGGAAAGCCUCCAUCACCAGUGGAGAGGUUACAGAAGAGAAUGGUGAGCAAUUGCCAUGUUACUUUGUCAUGGUAAGCCUACAAGAAGUUGGAGGAGUUGAAACUAAGAACUGGACGGUCCCCAGAAGGCUCAGCGAGUUUCAGAAUUUACACCGGAAACUCAGUGAGUGCGUACCUUCUUUAAAAAAAGUCCAAUUGCCUUCUCUUAGCAAGCUGCCUUUCAAAUCUAUAGAUCAAAAGUUUAUGGAAAAGUCGAAGAAUCAAUUAAAUAAGUUUUUACAGAAUCUGCUUUCAGAUGAAAGACUGUGUCAGAGUGAAGCACUUUAUGCCUUCUUGAGCCCUUCUCCUGACUACCUCAAGGUUAUUGACGUGCAGGGGAAAAAAAAUUCUUUUUCAUUAUCCUCAUUUUUGGAAAGACUUCCUCGCGACUUCUUCUCCCACCAGGAGGAGGAGACAGAGGAGGACAGUGACCUGUCAGAUUAUGGUGAUGAUGUGGAUGGGAGGAAAGACGCCUUGGCUGAACCAUGUUUCAUGUUGAUUGGGGAGAUUUUUGAACUUCGAGGAAUGUUUAAAUGGGUGAGAAGAACAUUAAUUGCCCUCGUUCAGGUCACUUUUGGAAGAACCAUCAACAAACAAAUCCGGGACACAGUCAGCUGGAUUUUCAGUGAGCAAAUGUUGGUUUACUACAUCAAUAUUUUCCGGGAUGCUUUUUGGCCAAAUGGGAAGUUGGCACCACCGACCACAAUCAGAAGCAAAGAGCAAAGUCAGGAAACAAAACAGAGAGCACAGCAAAAGCUGCUUGAAAACAUUCCAGAUAUGCUUCAGAGCCUUGUUGGACAGCAAAAUGCCCGCCAUGGUAUAAUAAAAAUAUUCAAUGCAUUGCAAGAAACAAGAGCCAACAAGCAUCUGUUAUAUGCGCUGAUGGAACUGCUGCUAAUUGAACUGUGUCCUGAGCUGAGAGUUCAUUUAGAUCAACUUAAAGCUGGCCAAGUUUGAGACUACACAAAUAAACCACCAGAAAAAUGUCUGUGUAAUAAUAGACAUGAAACAUUUUCCUCUUUUCCACAGAGGGCUUAACUGAGAACCGUAUUGAUUUUUAUUUUAGUUACCUCCCUCUAGUUUUAUGUGAAAUUAGUAGAAUCAGGGAGGACGGGACUUAUGCUGUGGUAGGCAACAGAAAAAAACUUCUAUUGAUUUUAAUUUAAUAUGAAUACUUUAAAGAUCAACAUACCAAUUGAAAUACAUGUUAAUAUGUGAGAACCUAGGAAGUAUUUUAAAUAUUUAUGAAAAUAUUUUGUUUUAAAAUGAACUAUGAAUAUUGUACAGUUAAUUUCCUCACUGAGGACUGUGAACAUUCUUAUAUUAUUUCAUGUAUAUUGAAGAACAUUGUUAUGCAAUGCUUUGUGUAAAGUUAUUGUGAAGAUUUUAUUGUCUUUAUUUUUACCAAAGAUUUCCCAUAGUUUGAGCAUUCGAAGCAAUAAAAUAUAAAAAUGAA